AUGGUCAGUCCUGUCAGAUACGCGACAGGGGUGGAGCAUUCACCGCGUCGCCAAGCUCGCUUACUCCGCAAGGCUGAGGGAUUCGAAGCCGAUAGUGACGACGGCCGGAAGAUCGUGGUCCCGCCAAAAGAUUCGUCCAACCUCGACGGCAACCAUUCACCGAAUGUGGGAAGCGUCGGUGUAGGGUCCCCUCGCUCCUCCCCGCAACCCUCAGCGUCACCACCGCGCUAUCUGCCACCGCACCUGCACGACGAAGUUCUAGUUGACGCUCCUGACUCUGGAAGUCUUGCCGCGAGAGACAACAGCAAUUACACGGGGGCAAGCUCACCCAGCGAGGCCUACGCCAACCUGACCCUCGACAGCCGCGAGGGCUCCUUCACCGAUCUCGACCGCAUACGAACUGCCGAGCAACACUCGCAGAGGCCUCCUCCACGGGCAUCGUCACCCGCCAAGCGCCUCCAUUCAGACAUGGACGACAAGCCGGACGCCGACAACACACGCACCAACGACGCGCAGUCGGGCUCCCGAGCCGGCAAGCCCCUGCCUACAAGCACAUCACAGCGCAGUGCGCGCGCAACUUCGGUCGAGAUGGCCGAUGCGCCCAACGGCAGCGGCCUCGACGGCCACGGCGACGCCUCUCCACGUACCGACAUGCCCAGCAUCGACGAGCAGGUGACUCGCGUCAUGGGCAUGAUGUCUACAGAGGCUCUGGUGGACCGGCAGGAGGGCUAUGUUAUCUCUGAGCAGUGGCUAGAGCGUGUCUGGGCAAGGACGUCGGAAAACAUAAGCAGGCCAAACGACUUCAGCAAAGACGCAACCGAGGGUCCUGUCGGCGCGGUAGACAAUUCGCAUCUUGUCGACACGGAGCUGAUGCACGAGGACCUGGUCGACCAGCAUGGAGAAGACUUUGUCCCGCUCAGCAAGGCGGCGACUCUGGGUCAAGAUUUUGAGAUCCUGCCCCGUAAAGCAUGGGACUUGGUUCAAAGCUGGUAUGGGCUCGACAAGUCAAGUCCUAUCAUACGUCGGUACGCCCACAACACGGUACCAGGAGGAGUAAGCGAAGACAUUUCCUACGAGCUGCACCCUCCCAUCUUCACAAUCCGAAAAGUGCGAAAAUCUCCAAACCCCACCGACAGCGCCACACCAGCCGCAAAGCUCGUUGCGAGCAGAUACGAGAGUUUCGUUGCCUUCAUUGAAGCCGCGAAAAAAGCCGCCGGCAUUGAUCUCAACAACAAAGUCCGCAUUUGGCGGAUACUCACGCCUGCUCCCACAGAUCAGCCCCAGCCAUCGCAACCCUCUGGCAUAUUAACACCUGACGCGUCCCCUCGUAACGGAUCUCCCAUUGCGCCAGCACCUGCUCAGCGGCCUUCGCUUGUCAUGGGCGUCGAAAGUUUCAAUGGUCUUGCCUUUGGCUCGGAGCGCGAGCUGGUUACUGGCAAAGAUGAGAAAGACAACGAGGCUUCCAACGAGGACCUUACCUUGGCCGAUGCUGGUUUGACCCAGGACCAAAUUAUUGUACUUGAGGAACACGAUGAAAAAGGCGAAUACAUAGCAGAGACCACCAAAACGGCGUCAAAGAGCAAGACUAAUGCUUUGGUUGGCAAGAGCAAUCCUAACAGCGGGAGGAGUACUCCAACGGGAGGCCCUGUAACGCGUGGAAGGAAGCAGAAUGGCAAAGUUCGUGGCCACGUCGGGCUUACGAAUCUUGGCAACACGUGUUACAUGAACUCCGCUCUCCAAUGUCUACGAAGUGUCGAAGAGCUAAGCAUGUACUUCCUAAACAACAAAUGGAAGGACGAAGUCAACGUGGACAACCCCAUCGGUUUCAAAGGUGUCAUCGCCAAGUCGUAUGCCGGGCUACUGAGCUCUAUUUAUGGCUUUGACAACAAUUCCUCCGUCUCGCCCAAGGACUUUAAGCUCAAGCUAGGCAGGGCUAACCCAAUGUUCUCUGGCUAUGGGCAGCAGGACUCUCAAGAGUUCGUCAGCUGGCUGGUCGACGCGCUCCAUGAAGAUCUAAAUCGUAUCAUCAAGAAGCCGUACCUAGAGAAUCCCGACUCUGAUGACAAUACCUUUCGCGAUCCAGAGGCAGUCAAGCGACUCGGUGAGAUUUAUAGACAAAAUUACUGGGCGCGUAACGACUCUGUAGCCAUGGAUUUGUUCAAUGGAUUCUACAAGAACACCAUGGUAUGCCCAGAUUGCGAGAAAGUCAGCAUUACUUUCGACCCAUACAGUCAGCUCACCUUGCAGCUGCCGGUAGAGCAGUCCUGGUCUCAUACCAUCACUUACGUGCCACUGACUGGCAAGCCUGUCCAGAUCGAGCUUGACGUCGACAAGAACACCACAAUCAAAGCUUUGAAAGACUUUGUCUACAGCCACAAAUACUAUCGACACUUGGACGACGCUUCCACAAUAGCGGAGUCGAAUAUAGGCGCACGAGAUGACAUCUACUUUUAUGAAUUGGAAAUGGCUCCUAGCAACUGGCCAGUUCCUAAGAAGAAGGGCUCCAAAUAUCGUGUGAUGCUUUCACAGUCCUCUGAUGAGGAGAUUCCGGAGACAGUUUCGCCGCUCCAUGACCGCGUUGUAUUCCCAAUGUUCCACCGGAUACCCAGCCAGUCUGCAUACAGGGCGACGGGACAGUCCAUGGCAUUGUGGCCUAGUUUUAUCGUCCUCACCAGGGAGGAAGCGAAGGAUUAUGACACAAUCCUCCGAAAGGUUUUGGCUAGGGUUGCUGGGAUGACUACUCGCCCAAUUCUCAGUGAGCUUAGUGGACAAGACCAGUCGCGUCCUGGGUCCGACGUUGUGUUGACAACAGAAGAGGACGCAUCACCAAACGAUCCCCAAGUCCAAGAUGGAUCUGUUGAAGGCGAGGACAUGGUUGAGGUUACAAUGACGGAUGCAAAGGAUACGCCUGUAGCUCGAACUAACGAAGCUGAUGAAAUUCCUGAGAUUCUUCGACCGGGCAGCUAUAUCCAUCCGGAGUUCAGGAAUCUGUUUGAGAUGAAGCAUACAAGAAAGAGCUCGGAGAUCGUUACCACUGGCUGGAGUACCGUCGAUUACUCAAAACCACUUGAACCUAUCUCGAAGCGAAUCAAGAUACCAUCAUCCCGAGAGGAAUCUGUACAAUCGUCUGCUGCUGGAAGCGAGACUACUUCCAGCGAUGAAGAUGAGGAUGCAUCACAGGCCACGAUCGUUGAUGCGGACGCAGUAAUCGAUGCAGCCAAUGUUAGUAGCGACGAGGAAAUGCAGUCCAUCGAGCCAGAAGCUCCAGAGUUCGCUCGGUCUGGCCGCCAGAACAAGAAGAAGAGCAAAAAAGCGCGCAAACACGAGCGCAAGAUGGAACGAAAACACAAAAACAACAAGAACUUCAAGAACAAGAAAGCAGGCAAGGUACCAGACCAACCGAACUAUCCGGAUGAUCCUGAAGACGAGUCUGACGAAAGAUUGCUUCGAAUGGGCGAGGCUCUUGUUCUUGAUUGGGAUUCCAAAGCUUAUGACGCUCUGUUUGGGGCCACAACGGCAGAUGAUCCCAGGGGCGCGGACUCGAUGAAGUCGAUUGAACUCCUCGAUGACCCAGAGCUUCAGGAGAAGAAAGAGAAGCGUGCAGCCCGUCGCAAGCAUGGCAUCAAUCUCGAUGAGUGUUUCAAUGAAUCCUCCAAGAGCGAAGUGCUCUCGGAAGACAACGCGUGGUACUGCAGCCGUUGUAAGGAAAGGCGUAGGGCAACAAAAACACUCGAGAUCUGGACUGUUCCCGACAUUCUCAUCAUACAUCUCAAGCGCUUCAGUGGAGCGAGAAACUUCCGAGACAAGAUUGAGGAUCUGGUCGAUUUCCCCAUAGAGGGACUAGACUUGUCUGGCAAAGUCGGCUUCUCUGAGGGCAAGGAUCUCACUUAUGAUCUGUUCGCUGUCGACAAUCACUUCGGUGGGCUUGGAGGCGGUCAUUACACAGCCACUGCGCAGAACUUCUUCGACAAGCAGUGGUACGACUACAAUGACUCAAUAGUGACCAAAUGCGAAUCGGGACGGAAAGCUGUAUCAAGAUCAGCCUACCUUCUGUUCUACCGACGCCGUUCGCCUGUCCCUUUAGGCCCUCCCUCCCUUCAGCAGAUUGUAACCGCCGACAUCAGCAACCCCGGCUCUGACGAAGAUAACGACACAGAACUUCGCUCCCGCUCACCGGCGGGAAACGGCUUGCGCCUCGGCGAUUCGUCCCGCAAUGGGUCGUCGAGCGCUGGCGCAGUCGCAGCGGGAGCCGUAGCCCUGCGCGCGGGUGGUUAUCCGCGCUCAGCAGCCGCGAACCGUCCAAAGAACGGAGUCGCAGCCGCGAGCCAGAGUGAUGAAGAAGAGCUGCCGGCCUAUGCCGAUGAUGAGGGUUACGCUGACGAGAUCCCGUACAACACCAGCACUAAUGUCUGGGAUGAUACUGACCAGCCAGUCUGGAGCUUCAACAGCCUCAAUAGCACGGGCUUGGGUGGUCGCAACGACUCCGACGAUGACGGCAUUGCAUCCGAUACUGGCGCUCUGGGUUCAGAAGCUGACGAAGGUGGCUUGGGUAAUAGGCUGAUGGAGGACUUUGGUGACGACGGCCCAGUAAAGAGUGGUUGGAGUGGUGUCAACACACCUAUUACACAUCAGGACGACGAAGUAGCUGAAAUAAGGCUCGUUGGCGACGAGUGA